CGCCACCGGAUUCUGUCGUCUUCUUCCUCCCGGAGAAGGAACUGAACUGGCAAAGCGAUGGCAUCUGUAGCUGUAGCCCAUGGAUCCAUGCAGGCAUGAGUAUGACGCACACGGCACACAAUCGGCGUGCCAAGCUAACGAAGCCGUUCUGGCAAUUGGCUCCAACCUCACAAUAUCGAUCAAUUGGCCGUAUUGCCCUUCGCGGCCAACGGAUUUUAGCGACGGUGUGCGGUGGUACUGGGGCGCGGUAGAGGCCAGGCUUCGUUGCUCUUCUGAACACGGCAACUAACCAACUAUGGAGAGGGUGCUCAAACGGGUAUAAAAUGGCGCCUUGUUAGCUCCUUCCCAAGAACGACAGAAGCCAGUGAGGGAGUGGGGAGUGAAGAACCCCUACGCAGGGCACAUAACAGUUUUGGCUUCCUUCCUCGAGGCAAGAGUGAGCGAGUUGAACAAAGAUCAUGGCGGCGGCAAUGGCGGCAACGACGAUGGUGACCGGGAACAAGGGCGGCUCGCUGGCCAUGGACAGGAAGAGCAGCUGGUCCUUUCCUAUGCUCCCUGAGGUCGCGUUCCCUUGGAGCUCUCAAGCCGACUGCAAGAGCUUGGACUUUCCUCGCAGAGCGCUGUUCGCAAGCAUCGGCCUUAGCGCGUCCCUCGGCGCCCCACCAGGGGCGCGCGAGCACGGUGGGAAGGCCCGUCCUGCCGUUGGUGCCGACGACCUCGACCUUGCCUCCGCGGAGGAGGAGCCGAAGACGAAGAAGACCAAGAAGAAGCUGCAGCUGGUGCCGCGGCUGAGGAAGGUGAGGGUGAAGAUCGGCAAUCCGCACCUCCGGCGGCUGGUCAGCGGCGCUCUCGCUGGCGCCCUGUCAAGGACCUUCGUGGCGCCGCUGGAGACGAUCAGGACGCACCUGAUGGUAGGCAGCUGCGGUGCCGACACCAUGGGCGGGGUGUUCCGGUGGAUCAUGCAGACGGAGGGCUGGCCCGGCCUCUUCCGCGGCAACGCCGUCAAUGUCCUCCGCGUCGCGCCCAGCAAGGCCAUCGAGCACUUCACCUACGACACGGCCAAGAAGUACCUGACCCCGGAGGCCGGCGAGCCGCCCAAGUCCCCCAUCCCGAUUCCCCUCGUCGCCGGAGCGCUCGCCGGAGUGGCCUCGACCCUGUGCACGUACCCCAUGGAGCUGGUCAAGACCCGGCUGACCAUCGAGAAGGACGUGUACGACAACCUGCUCCACGCGUUCGUCAAGAUCGUGCGCGACGAAGGGCCGGGCGAGCUGUACCGCGGGCUGGAGCCGAGCGUGAUCGGCGUGGUGCCGUACGCGGCGGCCAACUUCUACGCCUACGAGACGCUGCGGGACAUGUACCGGCGCGUCUCCGGGAAGGAGGAGGUGGGCAACGUGCCGACGCUGCUCAUCGGGUCGGCGGCGGGCGCCAUCGCGAGCACGGCCACGUUCCCGCUGGAGGUGGCGAGGAAGCAGAUGCAGGUGGGCGCCGUGGGCGGGAGGCAGGUGUACAAGAACGUCCUGCACGCCAUGUACUGCAUCCUCAAAAAGGAGGGCGCCGCCGGCCUGUACCGUGGCCUCGGCCCCAGCUGCAUCAAGCUCAUGCCCGCCGCCGGCAUCUCCUUCAUGUGCUACGAGGCCUGCAAGAAGAUACUCGUCGACGACAAAGAAGAUGCCGCCAAAGCUGAGGAGGAGGAAGAGGACGAUGCCUGAACAGGACAGACAGAAAGACAGGCGGCGCCCAACAGCGGACGACCAUGAACGGGAUGAGCAAAAUUUCAAUUGCAGUGGCGUGGUGCUGCAAUCGGAUCCCGCCCAAGCUGGAACGGGAUGAGCAAAAUUUCAAUUGCGCAUUAUGGUUUUGAUUUAUUUUGUUGUGCUCAGGGACUAUUUUUUGUUUCAAUAUUUCCGCACCUUCUUGUAUUCAGUUCAAUAAUGACGCAUGCUCUGCA